GUACUUAGCAUGAAGCCGAGUGUAUGGCUAAGCAGAGCCGAACGGGCUGGUAGUUCAGUUACCUUCGGUUCGUAUCAGUCUUUUAACUUCUGAAAACAGAGGAUACAAUACGAACAAAGUAAUGAGAAAGUGGCGGACCGGGCUGAAGCUAGAGUCAGGGCGGAACACAAAGGACGCGUCCUGCCGUGGGUCCUCCAGCUCUGAGUCCGGGAUGGUUGUGCAGAAGCUCCGCCGUGUUUAGACCACCUCACAGCCUCACCGGCCUUUAACGAGUGACUUUAAAGUGGGAUCGUGGAUUCAAGAGGUCAAAUGCAGGCUGUGCUGUUUGAUGGCGUCUGAUGAUGGGGUGAUGGAGUGAGGAUGGGACCCGGUGCUGAGGGGGACCCCGGCCCUGGAGGCUGAUCAACCCGGUCCCUUCGUUCUUCAGGAUGCACAUAACCUCAGUGGGCGUCAGUAAGUGGUGCUUCCUGUUUUCCCUGGCGUUCUGCGGCCUCCUUCUCCUGCUUAUUCCUGCCCUGCAGCCCACCCCCCGGCAGCUGGACCUGCCUCAGCCCAGAGCCCAGCUCAGACCUGCACCGGCUGCAAAGGCCUCGACCCACGGCCUACAGCAUGCAGAGGCUCUGGGAGGGUCUGUUCAGGGUGGAGACCCAGGCCUCAAGCGGGGCUCCACCUGGCAGGGGAUGCCAACCGAGACUCAAGUUGCCAGGGAUGGUAACAUCAGCCCCGAGAGGGACACAGACUCCCAGAGAAACCCAGAAAUGGGAGGUGGAAAGGGUUUGGGGGAUUUAGGUGUGAGGUCAUAUGGCCAGCUGGAGUCCAAGGACAUUUUUAUUGCAGUGAAAACCACCAGGAAAUACCACAAGUCCAGACUGGAGCUUCUGAUCCAGACCUGGGUUUCCCAAGCCAAACAACAGACCUACAUAUUCACAGAUGGGGAGGACAAGGAGCUGCAGCUGAGCGCAGGAGUUAAUCUCAUCAACACCAACUGCUCAGCAGCUCACACGCGACAAGCUCUGUGCUGCAAGAUGUCUGUGGAGUACGACAAGUUCAUCGAAUCUCAGAAGAAGUGGUUCUGCCAUGUGGACGAUGACAACUAUGUGAUCCUGCCCAGCCUUCUGAAACUGCUGUCCUCAUACCACCACAGUCAGGACGUUUACCUGGGCCGGCCCAGUCUGGCACCCAUAGAGGCUGCCGAGAGGGUCAAGAGUGAUGGAUCGGUGUCCGUCAGGUUCUGGUUCGCCACCGGCGGAGCAGGAUUCUGCAUUAGCCGAGGACUGGCCCUGAAAAUGAGCCCGUGGGCCAGUUUAGGGAAUUUCAUCAGCACAGCAGAGAAAAUCCGUCUCCCAGAUGACUGUACCAUCGGCUACAUCAUUGAGGCUCUGCUGGAGGUGACGCUGACACACACUCACCUGUUCCACUCCCACCUGGAGAACCUGCAGAAGCUGCCCACAGACACCGUCCUGGACCAGGUUACACUGAGCUACGGCGGCUUUGAGAACACAAGGAACGUGGUUGGACUUGUUGGAGGGUUUUCACUAACAGAGGAUCCCACAAGGUUUAAGACUGUCCACUGCCUUCUGUAUCCUGAUACUUACUGGUGUCCAAAGCUCAAAGGUGGACACAGACACUGAAGCUGACUCAGCUUUGAGCCCCACAGCACUGCCACCCACUGACAACAGCAGGUGACCCCAACCAGGUGAAGCCCCCCCCCCCCACGAUGGAGGUCUGUGAGUGAUGGCCUUACACAGAGCUACCACUAAUGCUGCGUUUCCACUACAUGGAACCAAUUCGACUCGACUCUGGUACCACGUCCUGUUCCUGAGACCGUUUCCAUUACAGGGUACUACCCACUUUACAGUACCUGGUCGUCAUAGCGAUG